UGAGGCCAAGCCGGUCCCCGGCCCCCCCUUCCGGCCGCCCCCGCCUCUUGGCCCACGCCCGCCCGCGCUCGGCCCGCCAGCGCCUCCACCCGGGCUGGCGGCCCCGCGUCGACGUCGUCCGCUGAUUGCUGCUAACUCCCGUCUUGGGCGCCGUCGGCGGGGUCGCGCUCCGUCGGGCCUGCGGAUUCCCCGCCGUCUCCUCCUUCAUCUACCUCAACGCCGGUCCUCGCUUCGCCGGAGGAGGCGGUCCCCCCCGCAGGCAGUCCGGCUUGCAGGCCGCCGGCGUUGUCAUCCCCCGCGCUUCUCCCAGCCCUCCCCGGCGCGCACCCCGGGGCCGCUCCCCCUUUGAGCUGCGUCCCGAGCGGCCGCGGCGCCGCCACUCCUUCCCUCCCCCCGAGACCCGGGCUUGCGACGGCUGAGGGCUCCGUCGGCCCAAACCGAGCUGGGCGCCCGCGGCUUGGGUGACGCCUCCAUUCCGUCCCGGUCAACACCGCCCCCGGUCCCAGCCCCCGACGUUGCGUCCUUCCCUUAGCUUCUCCUCGCCCCGCUAUUCUCACCGCGUUCGCGCGGCCCCGGCUUCUCCAACGCCACCUUUCCUAGGCUCCCUCCCGCACCCCCAGCUCCUUGCCUCGGACUCCCUCCCCCCUCACUCCCGCCCUCUGCCUUCGCCUACCAAAGUGGAUUAAUUAUACGCUUUCUGUUUCUCUCUGUGCUGUUCUCUCCCGCUGUGAGCCUGCCCGCCUCUCGCUGUCCUCUCUCCCUCUUGCCCUCUCUUUGUCCCCCCCCUUUCACGUUCACUCUGUCUCUCUCACUAUCUCUGCCCCCCUCUAUCCUUGGUACAACAGCUGACCUCAUUUCCCGAUACCCUUUCCCCCCCUAAAAGUACAACAUCUGGCCCGCCCCAGCCCAAAGACAGCCCGUCCUCCCUAACGAAACAGAAGAGUCCCCCCCCCAAAAAAAAAGCCAUCCCCCCGUUCUGCCCCGUCGCACAUUCGGCCCCCGCGACCCGGCCAGAGCGGCGCUGGCAGAGGAGUGUCCGGCAGGAGGGCCAACGCCCGCUGUUCGGUUUGAGAUCACGCAGCAGGGAGGUGGGCGGCAGCGUCGCCGGCUUCCAGAUACCAAUGGGGAUUUCAAUGGGGAAGUCGAUGUUGGUGCUACUCACCUUCUUGGCCUUCGCCUCGUGCUGCAUUGCUGCUUACCGCCCCAGUGAGACCCUGUGCGGCGGGGAGCUGGUGGACACCCUUCAGUUUGUCUGUGGGGACCGCGGCUUCUACUUCAGCAGACCACCAAGCCGUGUGAGCCGUCGCAGCCGUGGCAUCGUUGAAGAGUGCUGCUUCCGCAGCUGUGACCUGGCCCUUUUGGAGACCUACUGUGCCACCCCCGCCAAGUCCGAGAGGGACGUGUCAUCCUCUCCGACCGUGCUUCCGGACAAUUUCCCCAGAUACCCCGUGGGCAAGUUUUUCCAAUAUGACACCUGGAGACAGUCUACUCAGCGCCUGCGCAGAGGCCUGCCUGCCCUCCUGCGUGCCCGCCGGGGUCGUAAGCUCUCCAGAGAGCUCGAAGCAUUCAGAGAGGCCAAGCGUCACCAUCCCCUGACCGUCCUGACCUCCAAAGACCCCGCCCACGGGGAUGAUACCUCUUCGGAGAAGUCCCGCAACCAGAAGUGAGCCAAAUUGUUGUAAUUCUGCAAUGUGCACCAUCGCGCUCGUGACCUCCUCUUGAGCAGGGACAUUUCCAUCGCGUCCCACCUCUAAGAUCUCUCUGUUCUGUUUCUACCCCAGUGGUUCCCCUGACCCCACCCCCUGUGCCCCGCCUCCCCACAUCAGGGUGCUCUCUCCAGCCCCACUCCACCGGGCUGAGGGAGUCAGAGCAACAUCUUCAAAGACAAAAUCUAUUGGGGUUAAACAUCCUCCCCUCUCUCAAUUACCCCCCCCAAAUUCUACACACAUAUC